AAAGAAAAAAAUUUGAAAAGGAAAAGAGAUUGUAGAGUAGCGAAGCGAGGUUGCAAUGGCAAUGCAAUUCUUACGGGACAAGCCACGCAAGUAGUUCAUUGGAACCGCCUGACUUUCUCAAUCUCAACUCUCCAGGAAGACGAAGACCUUCUCUUCCUUCUUUGGCUUGGCUAUGUCGGAACCCAUCAAGUUCGCUGUUCUUUCAAGUCUCUUUGAUUGGAUUCAGCGUAGCAAAUCUUCCGCCAAGAAGCGUUCCAAGUUCCGUAAGUUUCUCGACACUUUCUGCUCUCCUUCUCACUAUUUUUCCGCCAUCCGCUUGAUUCUUCCUAGCCUUGAUCGAGAGCGCGGCACCUAUGGCCUCAAGGAAUCUGUACUUGCCACUUGCCUCAUUGAUGCUCUUGGCAUGUCUAGAGACUCUGACGACGCUCUUCGUCUUAUCAACUGGCGUAAAGGUGGUGCUAAGACUGGUGCUAAUGCCGGUAAUUUCGCGCUUGUUGCGGCUGAGGUAUUGCAGCGCAGGCAAGGAAUGACCCCUGGUGGUCUAACGAUUAAUGAGUUGAAUGAUUUGCUGGAUCGUUUGGCUUCAGAGCAGAGAAAACGGCAGUUUUGUCUACCCUUAUACAGAAGACAAAUGCACAGGAAAUGAAAUGGAU